AUGCCAAGCCCAAACCUCGACCGAUUGCAACCCCUCGAGAAGACUUGUCCGGCGGAUCCCGCUCUCGGUACGAGCAUCAGCAUCGACUUCACCAAGGGUAAAUCCGAUUACUUCACCGGCAGCGGCCCGACGUACGGCGAUGAGGGCGCCGUCUUCACGGUAUCCAAGUCCGGCGAGGCCCCAACCUUGACGUCCACGUUUUACAUCAUGUUUGGCCGCGUCGAAAUCCGGCUCAAGGCCUCGCCGGGCGACGGCAUCGUCUCCUCGCUCGUGCUGCAGUCCGACGACCUGGACGAGAUCGACAUGGAGUGGAUGGGCUACGACGGCGCCAACGUGCAAACCAUGUACUUCGACCAGGGCGUCGGCCCGAGCUCGCGUCUUCUCAUCGUGCCCGUUGCCAACAACCAAGAGGAGUUUGUCGAUUACGUCCUCGACUGGACGAGCGAGCGGCUGACGUGGUCCGUUGGCGGCACCGUCGUGCGGACGCUGGAGGCGGGCGACGCGAGCACAGCCGAGUACCCGCAGACGCCCAUGAUGGUCAAGAUUGGUUCGUGGUCGGCGGGUGACGAGGCGACGAAUGCUGAGGGGACGGUGGAGUGGGCGCACGGUCCUACGGAUUAUACCAAGGGCCCGUUUAGCAUGUACGUGCAGAGCAUGGCGGUGACGGAUUACAGCACCGGGGACGAGUACGUGUACGGCGAUAAGAGCGGGUCGUGGAAAUCCAUCGAGGCUGUGAAUGGGGUUAUCAAUGGAAAUCUGGACGGUAGCUCUUCCGGCUCGUCGGGAGGCUCCUCGAGCAAAUCUACUACUACUAAAACUACUGCCACCAGCGCGACCAAAACUACUAAGACCUCCACGGCGUCCACGGCGUCUACGGACUCGACGGACUCUACGGGUUCCGCGGAUUCCACAGGUUCUACAGGUUCUACAGGUUCAUCUGAUUCGAACACGACCAGCAGCGACUCUUCGAGCACAACAUCCAGCACGGCGGUUCCCGAGAAUUCAGCCGCGCGCGUGACAUACUCUGAUAUCCUAGUCUUUGCGGUAACGGCGGUGAUGCUUCUUGCCUAG